UCCUAAUGAGGACCCGUAGAGCUUCCAAGGGCUUCAGCUCUAAAACCCAGGCCUGGGGGCGGGGCGAGGCUUUGUGGGCGGAAGCCUGCCGGGAGGCGGGGACCGGGGCAACGGAAGUGACGCUUAGGCGCACCAAUAGGGCGGGGCGGGCGCUAACGGUUUUCGGUAGCCCGGUCUUAGAGGGGCGGGGGAGAGGAGGUGGCGAGUCCGUGUCCCGUGACCCUUGGCCCCUAGCGACCCCGCACCCCUGCAGACACCCCAAGAUGAUGGGCUGUGAGGAGUCAGAGCUGGAGUCGGUGGAAGGGGGAGAGGCCGUGGCUGACCCAGGGCCACCCCCAGAACCCCGAGCUCCCGAGCCCGGAGCCCCAGUACCGGAGCCCGGCCUGGACCUGAGCCUGAGCCUGAGCCCUCUGUCCGAGAGCCCCGGGCGCGGGCGGUCCAACUGCAGCCCGGGACGGCGGAAGGGGCGGGCGGACCGGCGGGGCGGGGCCCGCAAGGGGCGACAGGUCCGCUUCCGCCUGGCGCCGCCCUCCCCGGUACGGUCCGAGCCGCCGCCGGCCGCCGCCGCACCGAGCGAGAAGCCCGCGGCGCCGCAGGACCUGGGGACGCCCGCGCAGCAGAGUAGCCUGGCCCUGAGCUUCGAGCUGCAGGCCGCGCGGGCCGCAGCCGGGGGCCAGUUCGAUGCCGCGAAGGCCGUGGAAGAACAGCUGAGAAAGUCGUUCCAGACCCGCUGCAGCCUGGAAGAGAGCGUGGCCGAGGGGCUGAACGUGCCGCGCUCCAAGCGGCUCUUCCGAGACCUGGUGAGCCUGCAGGUGCCCGAGGAACAGGUUCUGAACGCCGCGCUGAGGGAGAAACUGGCGCUCCUGCCGCCGCAGGCCCGAGCCCCGCCUCCAAAGGAGCCACCUGGGCCAGGGCCAGACAUGACCAUUUUGUGUGAUCCAGAAACAUUAUUUUAUGAAUCUCCACACCUGACCCUGGAAGGUCUGCCCCCUCUCCGGCUUCAACUCCGGCCCCGCCCUUCAGAGGAUACCUUCCUUAUGCAUCGGACACUGAGGCGAUGGGAAGCGUAGACUUGGAGGCUCCCUGGAUUGCUAGUUCGUAUUUUUUUGUUUUUAAACUAUGAGAAUAAAGUGGUUUUGCUAACAAA